AUGAAUCUGAUUCACAUCUAUGCUCCCAUGGACAUCUUCAACCAUGUUGUGGAUGCAAUUCUGUAUGGAAAAACAGAGAAAGAUGGGUCAGUGGCUGUUUGUUAUGUGACUUCCACAAAGGGAAAUAGUGGUCAUUCUCAUGAAAAAAACAAAGAAGCAGGAGCUUUGAGUCAUCAAGAUGUUAUUAUUGGAUUUCUCACAUCUGAGGCAAGAAGAUCAAGGAUUUCCACAGUGGUGAAUGGUAUGCCAAAGAAUGACAUUUUUGUGGUGAUGGACACAUCAGGAGGUGAUGUAGUAGUGUUGGAUGUUUUCAUGAAUGGCAUCGAGCUGGAUUCAGUUGACAUCACAUGUUCGCUUUACAGCCCAACUGACUUCCUUGUUUCCCAGGGUCCAUUUGAACAGCUUUUGAAGGAACAGAGCCCAGUUAUCUGCAGUUUCUUCUGUCAGCUGUACUCAAAAGUGAGGCAGCUUUCAUCAGCCAUGCGUGAUCUCACUGGUAGAUUCAGGAUUCGUGGCAUCAACUUUGUGGCAUGCACAGCUCUGGAUGUGAUGAUGGGUUACUGGAUCGUACAAUAUCUACAGAACCUUUUUACUGAGAGGGAUCUGCUCGAUUUUUUUCUCCUAUGUGCAGAUAGUGUGGUCAGCUAUUUACAAAAUGUGCUUAAUUGGAUCAUGGGAGUCCCAGUUGGACUGAAACUGAAUGCCCCACUAAACUCUGCAUUGGGGAAUUUCUUCCUUUAUCACAUUUAUUUGUGGAAGACAUAUAUAGUGGUCAUUCGUCCAAUGCUGCUAUGGCUUUUUGGAGUAAUGAUUACUAUGGGUCACAUGGGAGUCAGCUUCCAAAUCUGCAUUCUUCGGGAUCUCCUUGCACUGGCCACAUUCCAUGUCUACUGCUUCUAUGUCUAUGCUGCCAGGUUAUACAACUUACUAGUGGCAGCACUUGCAUCAUUGUGGAGAUUGUUCAGAGGAAAAAAGUGGAACCCGCUCAGGGAACGGGUGGAUUCUUGUUCAUAUGAUGUGGACCAGCUGUUUGUUGGCACUCUAGGUUUUACAGUACUCCUCUUCCUCCUCCCAACAGCACUUGUCUACUACAUUGUGUUUGCUUCACUUCGCAUGAUCAUUCUGUGCCUGGAAGGAGCCUUGUCUCGUAUCUGUUACCUUCUCAAUGUCCUUCCCCUCCAAACCAUUCUCCUUUGGUUCUGCAGAUCACCACAACUAGCAGGUGGAAUCAGAUUAGAGCCACUCUCACGCAGCACGACUUCCUUGAGGUACUCCCAAGUGAAUCUCAGAAUACAGGUGGUUGUAGAUGGAUUCUGGCAUGCCCUCUCCAGUUCUGUUCCCAUUGUGUUCCCACGCCAUGAAGCUUUACCUUGGAAAGAUGUGCUACACUCACUCAUCAUUGGGAAAAUUAUCUACCCCUUAUGAGAAAGCUUCCUGCCAAAAAGAAUGUGCUAUUUUGAUUUUUUUCAUGCAAAAUUCAUGAAGUAG